CCCGCCCCAGUCUUCUCCCUCCAUGCCUGAGGGUGAGUCACAGACUCGGCAAAAGGCAUGGAGAGUUGCUCCAGCCCUGAAUGAAGCAGUCCAGCUGUUGCCUUCCUGUAGGGGUGGAGUAGGGGGGUCGGAGCUGGAUAUCACAGGCUGCCUGAGCUGCAAUUGCACCACUGAGCUUGGAGUGGGGCAGGCCAAGAGGACUCCUGGCGGAGACUACGAGGCAGCUCUCUUCCUAACCUGAUGGGAGGAACUCCCUGCUCAGGCUGACUUCUGAGAUUCAGCAACAACACGUUUGUUUUGCUGAAGUUCUGCGUGCCUCACUUUGCAGAGGGCUGCUUGGAGGAGCUGAUCCCGCACUGGCAGCCUUUAUCUGUUUGAACUACAGAACCAUUUCUGAGAACUUUUGUUUCUUUGUUUUGCUUCGGGGAGACAACUCAGACCAGAAGACACUGAGGCUGACGGCGAGGCUGAUGCAGAAGAUGACUCUGUCGACGAAGUGACAACUGAAAACAUACGACCAAGACCACAAGGAUCCUCUCCUGUUUAUGAGUAUUGCAUAGAAGAUGAAUAUUUUAACAAAAAGCUUCAGCAAGAUAUAGAGAACAGACAAAGACGGGAUUCUUCUAUCAAAAUGAGUGAUUCACAGGAAUCUAUGGAGGUUACCUUACAAACAGAAGUCGAAUCUGGUGCAAGUGGAUUUAGUGUGGCUGGUGGAGGAACCGAAGGAUUAUUUGUGAAGCAAGUGCUCAAAGAGUCCCCAGCAUCAAAGUUAUUCAGUCUGAGAGAAGGUGACCAGCUUCUAAGUGCCACGAUCUUUUUCGAUAAUAUCAAAUAUGAAGAUGCACUCAAGAUUCUGCAGUAUUCCGAGCCGUACAAAGUACAGUUCAACCUCAAAAGAAAGCUCGCCAGGAAGGAAGAUCUUGAAACAAUGCAUUUUGCAACGCAAUCCAAAAAAGAAAAAACGAGUCAGGGGAAGGAAGCACUGGAAACAUCAGAAAAGACAUUCACAGAAGAAGAUAAAGCAGACUUAAUUGUAAAACAAAGAGUUGGAAGACCAAAAAGAUCCAAGAAGGACAGACUUUCCUGGCCAAAAUUCCAGUCAUUAAAAGGUAAAAAGAUACUGGGGCAAAGGAGAUCUCGUAGCACGUCAGACGCAUACGAACAUGCGAUUCCCGAUAUAUCCCCAACAAGCACAGACACAGAAUCACAAUUUCAGCCAGAGGAAAUUCAUGCAAAAGUUAAAAGAGGAAGUCAAAAGAAACUAAGAUUCCCGAGUAUUGGAUUCAAGAUGCACAGAACUAAACAAGAACCAGAGGAGAGGACAAAAUACGAAGUCAAACCUCUCACAGACUAUGAAAAUGAUACUGCGCAGGAAAUCCCAGAAUUAAUAACAGUGCAAUAUUCUACUUCACGGGCUAAAGAGAAAAAACUGGAGGAAAUACAGGAACCCAGAAAAGAUGCUAAGGAAACAAAAUUUGAACCGCCAUACCAUACAGGUAAAUACCCUGAAGUUGAAUUAACAAUUAAAAAAACGAAAGAAAAGAAAUCAAAAUCCAAAGCCAUCACAAAAAAAUCAGAAACGACAGUGAUAACAACACAGAUAACAAAACCUAUAUUGCAAACAGGUGAAAUACAAGAUGUACAAAUAAAACCGUUAACACCACCAAAACAACGAAAAAAGAAGCAAAAGGGAUCUACAGAAAAAAUGUAUACAAAAUUACAAAUGGACAAUGAACAAACAGAAAAAGGAAAAAAAGACACGGAUGGCAUCCAAGGAGUAAUUAAUCAAAAUGAAGAAGAUUCAAACGUCAUGAUAGCAACAACUGACAUACGUAUGCCGACAGCCAAAGCUUCUUUGGAACUUAAAACUCCACACAUACAACUAGAGACACCAUCAACUGAUAUGUCUCUGGGUGCUGCUGAGAUUAAGAAAGAGGGCAUGGACACUACGUUUAAAAUGCCAAAAUUCCAAAUGCCCAAAUUUGGAACAGAACUGAAGGCUCCAGACUUAAAGGUUGAGGCACAAUCGGCUGAUAUUGCUGUAGGUGGAGUUGAAGCUAAUCUGGAGGGCACCGACAGUAAAUUUACGAUGCCAAAACUCCAAAUGCCCAAGUUUGGAAUGUCACUUCCCAAGGAGAAACUCGCUGGAGAGGGAGAAAUCACCUUACCUUCUGUGGAAGUGGAUAUCUCCAAACCAGAACUGAAAGGGGAAGUGACCCUGCCCUCUGUGGGCAUCGAGACUGACGUGAAAUUGCCCGGAGCUGAAAUGAAGGUACCUAGCGUGGAGUUGGAUGUCUCUGAGAAGGCCAAAAUCAAAACACCUGAUGUCAAAAUGCCAAGCGUCAAGGUCCCAAAAAUAAAACCUCCUCAAGUGGGAGUCUCACUGCCCAAGGUUGAAGCAGACAUCUCUGUUCCCAAAGCAAAAGUGGAAGUUCCAGAGGCAGAGGUCUCUGUUAAGGUCCCUGAUGCAGAAGGAAGCAUGGAGGGUGGAGGGAUGAAAAUACACAUGCCAAAGUUCAAGAUGCCCAGUAUGGGUUUCUCCAAACCAGAAAUCAAAGGUCCCAAAGUCGAUAUGGACAUCAGUGCACCCAAGGUUGACAUUGCUCUUCCAGACUUCAGUGUAACCAAGCCUGAGAUCAAAGCAGGUGACAUUUCAGCAGACAUGAAGUUCACAGCACCUGACGUACAGUUUCCAAAGGGGGAGGCUUCCUUGGAACUGAAGGCUCCAGACCUAAAGGUUGAGGCACCAUCGGCGGAUGUCACUCUAGGCAGAGUUGAAGCAAAGCUGGAGGGUACGGACAGUAAAUUUAAGAUGCCAAAAUUCCAAAUGCCCAAGUUUGGAAUGUCACUUCCCAAGGGGAAAGCCACUGCAGAGGGAGAAAUCACCUUACCUUCUGUGGAAGUGGAUGUUUCCAAACCAGAACUGAAAGGGGAAGUGACCCUGCCCUCUGUGGGCAUCGAGACUGACGUGAAAUUGCCCGGAGCUGAAAUGAAGGCACCUAGUGUGGAGUUGGAGAUUGCUGAGAAGGGCAAAAUCAAAAUGCCUGAUGUCAAAAUGCCAAGCGUCAAGGUUCCCAAAAUGAAGACUCCUCAAGUGGGAGUCUCACUGCCAAAGGUUGAAGCAGACAUCUCCCUUCCCAAAGGUAAAGUGGAAGUUCCAGAGGCAGAGAUCUCUGUUAAAGUGCCUGAUGCAGAAGGAAGCAUCGAGGGUGGCGGGAUGAAAAUACACAUGCCAAAGUUCAAGAUGCCGAGCAUGGGUUUCUCCAAACCAGAAAUCAAAGGUCCCAAAGUCGAUGUGGACGUCAGCGCACCCAAGGUUGACAUUGCUCUUCCGGACGUCAGUGUAACCAAGCCUGAGAUCAAAGCAGGUGACAUUUCAGCAGACAUGAAGUUCACAGGACCUGAUAUAAAGAUUCCAAAGAGGGAAGCUUCCUUGGAACUGAAGGCUCCAGACCUAAAGCUUGAGGCACCAUCGGCCGAUAUUGAUGUAGGUGGCAUUGAAGCGAAGCUGGAGGGCACCGACAGUAAAUUUAAGAUGCCAAAAUUCCAUAUGCCCAAGUUUGCAACGUCGCUUUCCAAGGGGAAAGCCGCUGCAGAGGGAGAAAUCACCUUACCUUCUGUGGAAGUGGAUAUCUCCAAACCAGAACUGAAAGGGGAAGUGACCCUGCCCUCUGUGGGCAUCGAGACUGACGUGAAAUUGCCCGGAGCUGAAAUGAAGGCACCUAGUGUGGAGUUGGAGGUUGCUGAGAAGGGCAAAAUCAAAAUGCCUGAUGUCAAAAUGCCAAGCGUCAAAGUUCCCAAAAUGAAGACUCCUCAAGUGGGAGUCUCGCUGCCAAAGGUUGAAGCAGACAUCUCCCUUCCCAAAGCAAAAGUAGAAGUUCCAGAGGCAGAGAUCUCUGUUAAGGUGCCUGAUGCAGAAGGAAGCAUUGAUGGUGGCGGGAUGAAAAUGCACAUGCCAAAGUUCAAGAUGCCCAGCAUGGGUUUCUCCAAACCAGAAAUCAAAGGUCCCAAAGUCGAUGUGGACAUCAGCGCACCCAAGAUUGACAUUGCUCUUCCGGACGUCAGUGUAACCAAGCCUGAGAUCAAAGCAGGUGACAUUUCAGCAGACAUGAAGUUCACAGCACCUGACGUACAGUUUCCAAAGGGGGAGGCUUCCUUGGAACUGAAGGCUCCAGACCUAAACGUUGAGGCACCAUCAGCGGAUUUCGCUCUAGGUGGAGUUGAAGCGAAGCUGGACGGUACGGACAGUAAAUUUAAGAUGCCCAAAUUCCAUAUGCCCAAGUUCGGAAUGUCACUUCCCAAGGGGAAAGCCACUGCAGAGGGAGAAAUCACCUUACCUUCUGUGGAAGUGGAUGUUUCCAAACCAGAACUGAAAGGGGAAGUGACCCUGCCCUCUGUGGGCAUCGAGACUGACGUGAAAUUGCCCAGAGCUGAAAUGAAGGCACCUAGUGUGGAGUUGGAGGUGUCUGAGAAGGGCAAAAUCAAAAUGCCUGAUGUCAAAAUGCCCAAAAUGAAGACUCCUCAAGUGGGAGUCUCACUGCCCAAGGUUGAAGCAGACAUCUCCCUUCCCAAAGCAAAAAUGGAAAUUCCAGAGGCAGAGGUCUCUGUUAAAGUGCCUGAUGCAGAAGGAAGCAUCGAGGGUGGCGGAAUGAAAAUACACAUGCCAAAGUUCAAGAUGCCCAGUAUGGGCUUCUCCAAACCAGAAAUCAAAGGUCCCAAAGUCGAUGUGGACGUCAGCGCACCCAAGGUUGACAUUGCUCUUCCAGACGUCAGUGUAACCAAGCCUGAGAUCAAAGCAGGUGACAUUUCAGCAGACAUGAAGUUCACAGCACCUGACGUACAGUUUCCAAAGGGGGAGGCUUCCUUGGAACUGAAGGCUCCAGACCUAAAGCUUGAGGCACCAUCGGCUGAUAUUGAUGUAGGUGGAGUUGAAGCGAAGCUGGAGGGCACCGACAGUAAAUUUAAAAUGCCAAAACUCCAAAUGCCCAAGUUUGGAAUGUCACUUCCCAAGGGGAAAGCCACUGCAGAGGGAGAUAUCACCUUACCUUCUGUGGAAGUGGAUGUUUCCAAACCAGAACUGAAAGGGGAAGUGACCCUGCCCUCUGUGGGCAUCGAGACUGAUGUGAAAUUGCCCGGAGCUGAAAUGAAGGUACCUAGCGUGGAGUUGGAGGUCGCUGAGAAGGGCAAAAUCAAAAUACCUGAUGUCAAAAUGCCAAGCGUCAAGGUUCCAAAAAUAAAGACUCCUCAAGUGGGAGUCUCGCUGCCAAAGGUUGAGGGAGACAUAUCUGUUCCCAAAGCAAAAGUGGAAAUUCCAGAAGCAGAGGUCUCUGUUAAGGUGCCUGAUGCAGAAGGUAGCAUUGAUGGUGGCGGGCUGAAAAUACACAUGCCAAAGUUCAAGAUGCCCAGUAUGGGUUUCUCCAAACCAGAAAUCAAAGGUCCCAAAGUCGAUAUGGACAUCAGCACACCCAAAGUUGACAUUGAUCUUCCAGACGUCAGUGUAACCAAGCCUGAGAUCAAAGCAGGUGUCAUUUCAGCAGACAUGAAGUUCACAGCACCUGACAUAAAGAUUCCAAAGGGAGAAGCUUCCUUGGAACUGAAGGCUCCAGACCUAAACGUUGAGGCACCAUCGGCAGGUGUCACUCUAGGUGGAGUUGAAGCGAAGCUGGAGGGUACGGACAGUAAAUUUAAGAUGCCAAAACUCCAAAUGCCCAAGUUUGGAAUGUCACUUCCCAAGGGGAAAGCCGCUGCAGAGGGAGAAAUUACCUUACCUUCUAUGGAAGUGGAUGUUUCCAAACCAGAACUGAAAAGCGAAGUGACCCUGCCCUCUGUGGGCAUCGAGACUGACGUGAAAUUGCCCAGAGCUGAAAUGAAGCCACCUAGUGUGGAGUUGGAGGUUGCUGAGAUGGGCAAAAUCAAAAUGCCUGAUGUCAAAAUGCCAAGCGUCAAGGUUCCCAAAAUGAAGACUCCUCAAGUGGGAGUCUCACUGCCCAAGGUUGAAGCAGACAUCUCUGUUCCCAAAGCAAAAGUAGAAAUUCCAGAAGCAGAGGUCUCUGUUAAGGUGCCUGAUGCAGAAGGAAGCAUGGAGGGUGGCGGGAUGAAAAUACACAUGCCAAAGUUCAAGAUGCCCAGUAUGGGUUUCCCCAAACCAGAAAUCAAAGGUCCCAAAGUCGAUAUGGACAUCAGCGCACCCAAGGUUGACAUUGCUCUUCCAGACGUCAGUGUAACCAAGCCUGAGAUCAAAGCAGGUGACAUUUCAGCAGACAUGAAGUUCACAGCACCUGACGUACAGUUUCCAAAGGGGGAGGCUUCCUUGGAACUGAAGGCUCCAGACCUAAAGGUUGAGACACCAUCAGCGGAUUUCGCUCUAGGUGGAGUUGAAGCGAAGCUGGACGGUACGGACAGUAAAUUUAAGAUGCCAAAACUCCAUAUGCCCAAGUUCGGAAUGUCACUUCCCAAGGGGAAAGCCGCUGCAGAGGGAGAAAUUACCUUACCUUCUAUGGAAGUGGAUGUUUCCAAACCAGAACUGAAAGGGGAAGUGACCCUGCCCUCUGUGGGCAUCGAGACUGACGUGAAAUUGCCCAGAGCUGAAAUGAAGGCUCCAAGUGUGGAGUUGGAGGUUGCUGAGAAGGGCAAAAUCAAAAUGCCUGAUGUCAAAAUGCCAAGCGUCACGGUUCCCAAAAUGAAGACUCCUCAAGUGGGAGUCUCGCUGCCCAAGGUUGAAGCAGACAUCUCUGUUCCCAAAUCAAAAGUGGAAAUUCCAGAGGCAGAGGUCUCUGUUAAAGUGCCUGAUGCAGAAGGCAGCAUGGAGGGUGGAGGGAUGAAAAUACACAUGCCAAAGUUCAAGAUGCCCAGUAUGGGUUUCUCCAAACCAGAAAUCAAAGGUCCCAAAGUCGAUGUGGACGUCAGCGUCCCCAAGGUUGACAUUGCUCUUCCUGAUGUCAGUAUAACCAAGCCUGAAAUCAAAGCAGGUGACAUUUCAGCAGACAUCAGCCUUUCAGCACCUGACAUGAAGUUUCCAAAAGGAGAGACUUCCUUGGAACUGAAGGCUCCAGACCUAAAGGUUGAGGCACCAUCAGCGGAUUUCGCUCUAGGUGGAGUUGAAGCGAAGCUGGAGGGCACCGACAGUAAAUUUAAGAUGCCAAAAUUUCAAAUGCCCAAGUUUGGAAUGUCAAUUCCCAAGGGGAAAGCCACUGCAGAGGGAGAAAUCACCUUACCUUCUGUGGAAGUGGAUAUCUCCAAACCAGAACUGAAAGGGGAAGUGACCCUGCCCUCUGUGGGCAUCGAGACUGAUGAGAAAUUGCCCGGAGCUGAAAUGAAGCUACCUAGCGUGGAGUUGGAGGUGUCUGAGAAGGGCAAAAUCAAAAUGCCUGACGUCAAAAUGCCAAGUAUGAAGGUCCCUGAUCUGAAGACUCCUCAGGUGGGAGUCUCGCUGCCGAAGGUUGAAGCAGACAUCUCUGUUCCCAAAUCAAAAGUGGAAAUUCCAGAGGCAGAGGUCUCUGUUAAGGUGCCUGAUGCAGAAGGUAGCAUUAAGAGUGGCGGGAUGAAAAUGCACAUGCCAAAGUUCAAGAUGCCCAGUAUGGGUUUCUCCAAACCAGAAAUCAAAGGUCCCAAAGUCGAUAUGGACAUCAGCGCACCCAAGGUUGACAUUGCUCUUCCGGACGUCAGUGUAACCAAGCCUGAGAUCAAAGCAGGCGACAUUUCAGCAGACAUCAGCCUUUCAGCACCUGACGUGAAGUUUCCAAAAGGAGAGGCUUCCUUGGAACUGAAGGCUCCAGACCUAAACGUCGAGGCACCAUCGGCAGAUGUCACUCUAGGUGGAGUUGAAGCGAAGCUGGAGGGUACAGACAGUAAAUUUAAGAUGCCAAAACUCCAAAUGCCCAAGUUUGGAAUGUCACUUCCCAAGGGGAAAGCCGCUGCAGAGGGAGAACUCACCUUACCUUCUGUGGAAGUGGAUGUUUCCAAACCAGAACUGAAAGGGGAAGUGACCCUGCCCUCUGUGGGCUUCGAGACUGACGUGAAAUUGCCUGGAGCUGAAAUGAAGGCACCUAGUGUGGAAUUGGAGGUCUCUGAGAAGGGCAAAAUCAAAAUGCCAAGUGUCAAGGUCCCAAAAAUAAAAACUCCUCAAGUGGGAGUAUCGCUGCCAAACAUUGAGGGAGACAUCUCUGUUCCCAAAGCAAAAGUGGAAAUUCCAGAAGCAGAGGUCUCUGUUAAGGUGCCUGAUGCAGAAGGAAGCAUCGAGGGUGGCGGGAUGAAAAUACACAUGCCAAAGUUCAAGAUGCCGAGCAUGGGUUUCUCCAAACCAGAAAUCAAAGGUCCCAAAGUCGAUGUGGACGUCAGCGCACCCAAGGUUGACAUUGCUCUUCCAGGCGUCAGUGUAACCAAGCCUGAGAUCAAAGCAGGUGACAUUUCAGCAGACAUGAAGUUCACAGCACCUGACGUACAGUUUCCAAAGGGGGAGGCUUCCUUGGAACUGAAGGCUCCAGACCUAAAGGUUGAGGCACCAUCAGCGGAUUUCGCUCUAGGUGGAGUUGAAGCGAAGCUGGACGGUACGGACAGUAAAUUUAAGAUGCCCAAAUUCCAUAUGCCCAAGUUCGGAAUGUCACUUCCCAAGGGGAAAGCUGUUGCAGAGGGAGAAAUCACCUUACCUUCUGUGGAAGUGGAUGUUUCCAAACCAGAACUGAAAGGGGAAGUGACCCUGCCCUCUGUGGGCAUCGAGACUGACGUGAAAUUGCCCGGAGCUGAAAUGAAGGCACCUAGUGUGGAGUUGGAGGUUGCUGAGAAGGGCAAAAUCAAAAUGCCUGACGUCAAAAUGCCAAGUAUGAAGGUCCCUGAUCUCAAGACUCCUCAAGUGGGAGUCUCGCUGCCGAAGGUUGAAGCAGACAUCUCUGUUCCCAAAGCAAAAGUGGAAAUUCCAGAGGCAGAGGUCUCUGUUAAGGUGCCUGAUGCAGAAGGCAGCAUCGAGGGAGGCGGAAUGAAAAUACACAUGCCAAAGUUCAAGAUGCCGAGCAUGGGUUUCUCCAAACCAGAAAUCAAAGGUCCCAAAGUCGAUGUGGACAUCAGCGCACCCAAAAUUGACAUUGCUCUUCCAGACGUCAGUGUAACCAAGCCUGAGAUCAAAGCAGGUGACAUUUCAGCAGACAUGAAGUUCACAGCACCUGACGUACAGUUUCCAAAGGGGGAAGCUUCCUUGGAACUGAAGGCUCCAGACCUAAAGGUUGAGGUACCACCGGCUGAUAUUGCUGUAGGUGGAGUUGAAGCGAAGCUGGACGGUACGGACAGUAAAUUUAAGAUGCCCAAAUUCCAUAUGCCCAAGUUUGGAAUGUCACUUCCCAAGGGGAAAGCUGUUGCAGAGGGAGAAAUCACCUUACCUUCUGUGGAAGUGGAUGUUUCCAAACCAGAACUGAAAGGGGACGUGACCCUGCCCUCUGUGGGCAUCGAGACUGAUGUGAAAUUGCCAGGAGCUGAAAUGAAGGCACCUAGUGUAGAGUUGGAUGUCGCUGAGAAGGGCAAAAUCAAGAUGCCUGAUGUCAAAAUGCCAAGCGUCAAAGUUCCCAAGCUGAAGACUCCUCAAGUGGGAGUCUCGCUGCCAAAGGUUGAAGCAGACAUCUCCCUUCCCAAAGCAAAAGUGGAAGUUCCAGUGGAAGAGGUCUCUGUUAAGGUGCCUGAUGCAGAAGGAAGCAUCGAUGGUGGCGGGAUGAAAAUACACAUGCCAAAGUUCAAGAUGCCGAGCAUGGGUUUCUCCAAACCAGAAAUCAAAGGUCCCAAAGUUGAUGUGGACGUCAGCACACCCAAGGUUGACAUUGCUCUUCCGGACGUCAGUGUAACCAAGCCUGAGAUCAAAGCAGGUGACAUUUCAGCAGACAUGAAGUUCACAGGACCUGACGUACAGUUUCCAAAGGGGGAGGCUUCCUUGGAACUGAAGGCUCCAGACCUAAAGGUUGAGGCACCAUCAGCGGAUUUCGCUCUAGGUGGAGUUGAAGCGAAGCUGGAUGGUACAGACAGUAAAUUUAAGAUGCCCAAAUUCCAAAUGCCCAAGUUCGGAAUGUCACUUCCCAAGGGGAAAGCUGUUGCAGAGGGAGAAAUCACCUUACCUUCUGUGGAAGUGGAUGUUUCCAAACCAGAACUGAAAGGGGAAGUGACCCUGCCCUCUGUGGGCAUCGAGACUGACGUGAAAUUGCCCAGAGCUGAAAUGAAGGCACCUAGUGUGGAGUUGGAGGUGUCUGAGAAGGGCAAAAUCAAAAUGCCUGAUGUCAAAAUGCCCAAAAUGAAGACUCCUCAAGUGGGAGUCUCACUGCCCAAGGCUGAAGCAGACAUCUCGGUUCCCAAAGCAAAAAUGGAAGUUCCAGUGGCAGAGGUCUCUGUUAAAGUGCCUGAAGCAGAAGGCAGCAUCGAGGGAGGCGGAAUGAAAAUACACAUGCCAAAGUUCAAGAUGCCGAGCAUGGGUUUCUCCAAACCAGAAAUCAAAGGUCCCAAAGUCGAUGUGGACAUCAGCGCACCCAAAAUUGACAUUGCUCUUCCGGACGUCAGUGUAACCAAGCGUGAAAUCAAAGCAGGUGACAUUUCAGCAGAUAUCAAGUUCACAGCACCUGACGUACAGUUUCCAAAGGGGGAGGCUUCCUUGGAACUGAAGGCUCCAGAUGUAAAGGUUGAGGCACCACUAGUUGAUGUUGAUUUGGGAGGUGUUGAGACAAAGGUGGAAGGCAUGGACAGUAAAUUUAAAAGGCCUAAGUUCCAAAUGCCCAAGUUUGGAAUUUCAUUUCCCAAAGGUAAAGCCAGUGUAGAUGGCAUGGGCACCCUACCUUCUGUGGAAGUAGAUGUCUCCAUACCAGAACAGAAAGGUGAAGUCAUAUUGCCCUCUAUGAGCAUCGAGACAGAUUUGAAAUUGCAAGGAGCUGAAAUACGGGCACCUAGUGCAGAAUUGGAGGUCUCUGAGAAAGGAAAAAUCAAAGUGCCCGAUGUCAAAAUGCCAAGCGUCAAGGUCCCCAAAAUGAGGACUCCUCAGGUGGGAGUCUCACUGCCAAAAGUCCAAGCAGAUAUCUCUCUUCCCCCAGCAGCAAUGGAGAAUCCAGAGGCUUCCGCAUCUGUCAAUGUGCCUCAUGCAGAAAGUAGCAUUAAGAGUGGCGGAAUGAAAAUGCACAUGCCAAAGUUCAAGAUGCCCAGUAUGGGUUUCUCCAAACCAGAAAUCAAAGGUCCCAAAGUCGAUGUGGACGUCAGCGCACCCAAAGUUGACAUUGCUCUUCCGGACGUCAGUGUAACCAAGCAUGAAAUCAAAGCAGGUGACAUUUCAGCAGACAUGAAGUUCACAGCACCUGACAUAAAGAUUCCAAAGGGGGAGGCUUCCUUGGAACUGAAGGCUCCAGACCUAAAGCUUGAGGCACCAUCGGCCGAUAUUGAUGUAGGUGGAGUUGAAGUGAAGCUGGAGGGCACCGACAGUAAAUUUAAGAUGCCAAAAUUUCAAAUGCCCAAGUUUGGAAUGUCACUUCCCACAGGGAAAGCCACUGCAGAGGGAAAAAUCACCUUACCUUCUGUGGAAGUGGAUAUCUCCAAACCAGAACUGAAAGGGGAAGUGACCCUGCCCUCUGUGGGGAUCGAGACUGAUGAGAAAUUGCCCGGAGCUGAAAUGAAGGUACCUAGCGUGGAGUUGGAGGUGUCUGAGAAGGGCAAAAUCAAAAUGCCUGACGUCAAAAUGCCAAGUAUGAAGGUCCCUGAUCUGAAGACUCCUCAGGUGGGAGUCUCGCUGCCGAAGGUUGAAGCAGACAUCUCUGUACCCAAAUCAAAAGUGGAAAUUCCAGAGGCAGAGGUCUCUGUUAAGGUGCCUGAUGCAGAAGGUAGCAUUAAGAGUGGCGGGAUGAAAAUGCACAUGCCAAAGUUCAAGAUGCCCAGCAUAGGUUUCUCCAAACCAGAAAUCAAAGGUCCCAAAGUCGAUGUGGACAUCAGCGCACCCAAAGUUGACAUUGAUCUUCCAGACGUCAGUGUAACAAAGCCUGAGAUCAAAGCAGGCGACAUUUCAGCAGACAUCAGCCUUUCAGCACCUGACGUACAGUUUCCAAAAGGAGAGGCUUCCUUGGAACUGAAGGCUCCAGACCUAAACGUCGAGGCACCAUCGGCAGAUGUCACUCUAGGUGGAGUUGAAGCGAAGCUGGAGGGUACGGACAGUAAAUUUAAGAUGCCAAAAUUCCAAAUGCCCAAGUUCGGAAUGUCACUUCCCAAGGGGAAAGCCGCUGCAGAGGGAGAACUCACCUUACCUUCUGUGGAAGUGGAUAUCUCCAAACCAGAACUGAAAGGGGAAGUGACCCUGCCCUCUGUGGGCUUCGAGACUGACGUGAAAUUGCCCGGAGCUGAAAUGAAGGCACCUAGCGUGGAGUUGGAGGUUGCUGAGAAGGGCAAGAUCAAAAUGCCUGAUGUCAAAAUGCCAAGCGUCAAGGUUCCCAAAAUGAAGACUCCUCAAGUGGGAGUCUCGCUGCCCAAGGUUGAAGCAGACAUCUCUGUACCCAAAUCAAAAGUGGAAAUUCCAGAGGCAGAGGUCUCUGUUAAGGUGCCUGAUGCAGAAGGCAGCAUCGAGGGUGGAGGGAUGAAAAUACACAUGCCAAAGUUCAAGAUGCCCAGUAUGGGUUUCUCCAAACCAGAAAUCAAAGGUCCCAAAGUCGAUGUGGACGUCAGCGCACCCAAGGUUGACAUUGCUCUUCCGGACGUCAGUGUAACCAAGCCUGAGAUGAAGGCAGGGGACAUUUCAGCAGAUGUCAAGUUCUCUGCACCUGAUGUGAAUAUUCCAAAGGGGGAGACUUCCUUGGAACUGAGAGCUGCAGACCUACAAAUAGAGGUACCUUCUGCUGAGAUUACUCUGGAUGGUGCUGAGGCAAAGAUGGAGGGCCUAGACAGUAAAUUUAAGAUGCCAAAGCUCCAAGCGCCCAAAUUUGGAAUUUCGCUUCCCAAAGCGAAAGGUGCAGACGAGGAGAUCACUUUUCCAUCUGUGGAUAUUUCUGUUCCAAAAUCAGAUGCUGACAUCCAAGGACCAGAUUCAGAAGGCAAAAAUAUUAAACGUGAAAGCUAUGAAAAAGAAAUUGUUGAAAAAGAAAGCAAAUUUAAAAUGCCAAAAUUCAAGCUUCCAUCAUUUAGCUGGUCUCCAAAGAAAGAAGCAAGUGUUUCUACUGAUAUUUAUGCAAAUUUAGAAGAUCCCUCAGUUCCAGUUCCAACAGGUGAUAUUGAAUCUGAAUUAACACUCACUGUAGAGGAAGGUGAAGUCCACAUUGAAGACCUAGAGGGACAUAUAUCUUUUGAUAAAGACAGUGAGAAAACCAAAAUCAGAAGGCCUCAUUUUAGCAUGCCAAAGAUAUCCCUUCCAAAAAUGAAAAGUCAUAAAGCAGAAAUAUCUGUAGCACAGUUGCAUGCUGACAUGACAGUAUCUACGAUAGAGGAUGAAGGAAAGAUGUCACUACAAAUGCGGGAUACAGAUAUCAGUGGUAGUGAUUCUAGAAAAGGCAUUAAAAUGCCCGAAGUUAAGCUUCCAAGCCUAGAACUUUCCAAACCAGAACUUAAAGUUCCAAAAAUGGACAUGGAAAUCAGCUUACCUGAAAGUGAUGUCAAACUUUCUAUACCUGAUGCCAGUCUUUCAGAAGCAGAAUUAAAAUCACUUGAUGUUGGUGAUAAUGUUAGUAAAACAAUGGCAGAAAUUAAAGUCCCUGUGGUGAAAGGCCUAGAAGUAGGAGUUGAAGGACCGUCCACUGAUAUCUCUGUAGAUGGAACAGAGAUAAAAACUGAAGGAAUGGAUGGGAAGAUGAAAAGGCCUAAAUUCCAAAGGCCUAAGUUUGGAAUCUCAUUUUCUAAAGGAAAAACUCCAGACACCGAGAUUAGUUUGCCAUCUGAAGAUGCAAAAGUUCCUCAGUUGAAAACGACUGCAGAUAUUGCAGAUAUUGCAGUAGAGGCUCCAACAUUUGAAGGAGAAGGUGACUUAGCUGGUUCAGGAAAAACCGGCCCCGAAGGGAAAAUUAAAAUGCCCCCAAUCCCUAGAGCCGACAUGAAGAUUCCAGCAAUAGACAUAAAAUUACCAUCUGUGGGUCUUUCUGUGGCACAGCCAGAGACGGAGGCUCAAGAUUUGGUUGCUGCAGCAAAAGAUGCUAAAUUUGAGGGAGAUAUAAAGACUGGAAGUAUGGAUGCAGAAGAAAAAGAAGGGCAUUUCAAAAUGCCAAAAUUCAAAUUGCCAUCAUUUAAUUGGUCACCUAAAAAGGAAGCAAGUCUUAAAACUACUGCAAAGGAACCUCUGGAAGAACCUAAAUUGACUAUCUUAUCAGAUGAUACUGAUGCAGAACUAACAGCAGUUCUGUCAGAAGAUCAAGAAGUCCACAUGGAGCUAGAUGCUGAAAUAGUUACAAAAAAAGGUCAGAUGAAAAGGCCUCAUUUUAAUAUGCCCAAAAUCUCCCUUCACAGGCCAAAGCUACCAAAAUCGCAGGGUAGCCUGCCAAAAGUGGAGGCAGAUAUUACUGUGGAAAGAGAUGGGGCUUUGGUACACAUACCUGAUAUAGAGAGCAGUUUUACCACACAGAAAGAAGAAGAAACCGAAAUAUGCAUAAAAAUGCCAAAGGGCACAUCAAAAGUGGAAAUCAAAGCUCCCCAAGUAGAUACCGAUAUUAAAGUUGAUAUUAAGGAGCCCACCAUAGAUAGUUCAGUUGAACUGAAAAGUGCAGAAAUAGGAUCUGAAGGUGAAAUCAAUGUGGAUAGUGGAAGUAUGAAAACUGAUGUUGCGGAGGGCACAAUUAGAAUGCUAAAACUCCAAAUGCCAAAGUUUGGAAUUUCAGUUCCAGAAGGAAAAUUGCCAGAGACUGGGGUCACCUUACCCGAAAUGGAAACUGAAGUUUCUCAUCUACAAGCAACAAAAGACUUUGAGAGACUUUGCGGCGAAGCUCCAACCUUGGAAGUAAAAGCUGAACCCGCUGAUGCAGAAAUAAAGGUGUCAGCUGGAGAAAUACAAAUGCCCGGAUUUGACAUCGAAGUAUCUGACAUAUCUGUUCUCAGCCCUGCUGAGCAGGAUGCAAAAGAACAAGGAGAACAUGAAGCAAAGUCUGGAGAGAUUCAAACUGAGGAGUCUCCGGGUUGGUUUAAAAUGCCAAAGUUUAGGAUGCCUUCAUUUGGCCGAUCAUCUUCAAAGGGGAAAAAAGGUGAUGCUGAAGGAGAUGGCAGUACAGGAAAAGCUCCUCUUGCUGAAGUAGAAAUAAAAGCUCCUGAAAUGGCAACCCAGUCUCCUCAUGUGGUUAGUGAAUUGUAUUCUGGACAGGACAUUUUAGAAGGCAAAGUCAUGUUUCCUCAGGAGGACAUUACAAAAGAUGGAGAUUCAAUACAGAAGGAAAAGGACUUCAGAACUGGCCUAUUAAUGGGGGAAGGCAGUUUUUCACAGGCCUCAGGAAAAGCUGAUGAUACAAUAAGUCCCCUGGGAUCUAAAACAUAUGCUGAUGUAGUUAAGCUUGGUGCUGAAGGACAGAUUGUACAGAUACAUAAAACUUCAUCCACUGCCCCCACAUCAGAAAUCAGUGUACCAGAUGUGGAUAUUGACAUGACAGUGGCUGAGACACAUGCCACUAAAAUUACUGUGGCUGGAACAGAGGAAAAAGUUGGUGCUAUCAUUACAGAGGCAAACGUCGCUGAGCAAAGCCCUGAUGCAAAGGCUGAAAAGGAGAGCCAAAUAAAAUCACCCAAAAAGGAUAUUCAAGGGAAAGAAAGCAUAUUCAAAAUGCCAAAGUUCAGUGUGCCUUCUUUUGGAUGGUCAACCACAAAAACCACCAAGAAAGUUGAUGAUGCUACACCUGACUUGCAAGAGCCUGAUGUUAGACCACCAGAAGUUAGAAUGGAUGUUUCAGUCACUGAUGAAGACUUUGAAAUAAUAGAGUACCCAAUAGAAGGCUUUGAAAAAGAUAUGCCCGUGGAAGGAGAAGUGAAAGCAGAAGGGACAGAUGGCUCAAGUAAAACAAAAUCAUCAAAAUUCAAGAUGCCAAAGUUUGGCAGUUUACGUACCAAAUCACGAAGUGCAGAAGUUGAUGCUGACCCACCAAAAACAGAGGCUGAGGUGUCACUAGAUAAAACUGAAGGACAGAUAUUUGGAAUCCAGGCUCAAAAAGCAGAAGAGUUUGUUGACAUGAAAAGUAGAAAACUUGACCUUGCGGAGAAACCAGGAGACACCAUGGGCAAACAAGUUUUUGAAGAUUCAGAGAUAAAUUUCCAUAUUCACAAACUUAAAAUACCCAAGUUCACAUACAGCACAUCUGUAGCUGAAGGACAAGUGUUGACUUCAGAAGACACAACACACAUGAAAUGUGCUGCUACUGAUACAGAUGGUGAUGGUGCCCCUCAACAAGAAUUCAGAACUACAUUCCUCGAUAAGAAGGUAGAAGACAUUGGUUGUAAUAUCCAGAAAUCAACAGUCAGAAUUACAACAUUGUCUGACAUCCAAAGAACACAAGUGGAAACUAAACUGCCAUCUACAGAUCCUUCUUUUGAGGAGACAACAACACUCAUACAGAGGCCAAUGGAAUUCAACAUUAAAUUUCCUACAGAAAAAAUAGACACCAUUAACGGUAAAAUCCAAAAAUCAGUAGCUAAAAUUACAACACUGACAGAACCAGAUAUUCAGACAACACAACUUGAGUGUAAACUCCCAUCUACUGAGUCAUUUAUUCAAAGUUCAUCACUGCACAUUGAAGGACCAUACUUUGAAGGAAACGAAAAAAAGCUACAAGGUAAAUCUGCGUUUGACUCCUGCGAUUCUGAAAGUCAGGAAUCUUUCUCAACUCAGAUAGUGAGAGAAUCAGAGAUUCCUCCAUCAGAAGUUCAAACUGCCACCUAUGGGUUUUCUCUUUUAAAAGUGAAAAUUCAGGAAUCACUUGUGAACUUGGAUAUGCCAGUCAAACUGUCUUCCACAGAAUAUACGAAUGAAAUGUUUGAGAGUAAAGAUCACCAACCUUCAGGUGAAAAGGCAAGAGAAACAACACAAAAGACCAGCUUUGCUGAACUGAAAGUAUCAGACAAAGGCCAAGAACUUAUUGAAGAAGCAUCUUCUACUACUAAGCAGACAAAGCUGAAAGCAUUUGCUGUUGAAGUACAAUCUUCUGAGGAGUUUGCAGACAGUUCAAUGAUGUCUGAAUCUGCUGUAGAAAUUACCGAAGAAACUGAAGUUGCAAGUGGUGAAGAAGAGUCAACAACAGAUCCAAAUGAAAAAUCUGAUAGUAGGAGAUCUUCUGGCAGGUUUAAAUUUUGGCUUCCAAGUCUUGGGUUUUCUUCCUCUGUUGAUGACACAGGCGCAGAUUCCAAACCUGAAGUUCAAAAACCAUUUCAAAAAGAGACACAAGUCGAUGUCCCAUCCACAUCAGACAGUGACACUGCCAAACAAACUGAAAAAGCUGGGUGGUUUAGAUUCCCUAAGUUAGGUUUUUCAUCUCCAACAAAAAAGGGUAGGGAAACUGAUAAAGUAGAAGAGACAGAUCCAAAAGAAGAAAAACCUCAGGAUGAGGAAAGUCCGACAGAAAAAUCAGAAACUUUUUUUGAUGCACAAGAAUCAUUGCCACCUAAUGAAACAAUCGCAGAGAGUGAAACCUCAGAGACCACACCCAUUGUUUCAUCUUCCGCAAGAACUGAAUUGAUACUGCUAGAGAAAGGGAAAGCUCCACCCCAAAGCGUUCCUGAAGAGGCAUAAAAAUAAGGUGGUUUCUUUUCCUUCAAAAUUCAAGCGUACAUAAAAAUGUGAUGAAACACUUUUCUAGGCAGGGGAGAAUUAGAAAACACAUUGCCUUCUUUCCAGCAAAAGAAAAUAAAACAUUACAUUAAAAGGAUCGAAUAAAUGUUUUGAUUAAAAUUACAGUACUGUUUUCAAGCUCAUUGAAAUAUAGAAAAAUAGUUCCUAACAAAAACACUUGUUGCAUGGGACAUAAGGAAACAAAUUAGACAAAGGAAGCUACUGACAAGAGACAUCCGUAGUUCUAAUGAAACCAACAAAGACCCUUUCUAUUAAUUUCCACAAGUGUUCCUUCUUCAGACCUACUUAGAGGAAUAAAGACUGGACAAAAGUUUAAAUAUAAUCAUUUGAGAAUCAAAUCACAGCAAUGAUUUUGUUCUAGAUUAUUUGCAGAGUAUUAGGAAGCUAGUGCUGGGAGAAUUAGGAGACAUAUUUUCUUUUUUAGAUUUUAUUUUUUUAACUGUAUUUCUGCUGCUAUCUUAUGAAAAGUAUAUAUAAAUAUAUUUUCAUUAUCUUUGAGCAAUAGGCAUAUUUCAGGAUCGUUUUGAAACAUAGACCAAAUGGAAAUAAUACUGUAAAUGUUACAAUGCUUAUUCUUCCUUUCCAGUCACAAAGCAUCUUGCCAGUUUUCAAGACUAUCAGUUAAACUGAAGUAUUGGCACCUAAAAAACAUUGCGUAUCAGUCCUAAACAUUUUGCAGAACAACAUAUAUAAAUGUUACUUCUGAAAUUUCUUUUUAAUGACAAAAAAUCUUAGCACCAGUGUCUUAAGAUAUGUGUUAGCGUGCCUUUUGAAGUUUUAUAUAUGUAAAAUAUCGGGACUAGCCAACAUCUGGUCACCUGGGUGAAAAGUAGCUAUAAGAAAAAUAUUGCUUGCCUUCAUGCUUGUCCUGUGGCAAGUUGGGUAAAUGCAUUUGCCACUGUACAGAAGAAGCAGUUUUAGCUAUGCCCCUGCAAAGAUUUUUUUCAAGCCUUUGCACUGGGGAGUCAAAAGUUGAACCUGGUACAUGAUGCACACAGCCAGUUUCCUACCGACUGAAGGCCAACACACACAAAAUUCCUGUGGCUACCAUGCCUGUAACUGAUUGCCUGAGCAGAUCGCGUGUUUUAUGGUGGAUACAGGAUGAAUACAAAUGACUUACUAUGUGAAAACUUGCCACGGUGCAUAUUUAAUUGGUGUCUGUUUUGUCCUGCCAAGCGGCAAGAGUUUGACCCUCACUUCCUCACAUUUCUAAUCAGGUAGAGAAAUGCAGCAGAAUUCCUCAUGCAAUUUUGCAAGACAAAACAAGCCUCUUCUGUUGUUCUUCCCUCAUUAUUGUGUGAUGGGGGAGAGCCAGCUCAAGACAUGCUACCUGAGGUGAAAGACAAGAUGCCCCCCCCUUCCCCUAUUCCUCAUACAGAAGCCAAGCAGACUGCCGACUGAACCUUACUGCAACACUGCCAGCAGGUAGAACAGUGCAUAUGAAGGCAGCGGGCUCACCUACAGGGGACACAGGGCAAUAUUGUGGCACACACAGCUCUAUCCUCCAACACCUUGCUGCUU